AUGAUGAAGACACACACCUCUGCGUUUGCAUUCGUAUUCUUUCUGUUGUGCAUUCUCAAUGUGCAAGCUUCUAUUGAAGAUUUCGACACUCAUCAUGGUGACUCGACCCCGUACAGCUACUUCCUCGAAAGUGAGCUGGAUGACACCUAUGAGAACGAAAAUGAGGACAAUUUCUAUGAACUCAUGAACGAUGACGUUUUCGGUCACAUGAGCCUUAUGGACUUUGACGAUGAAGAGAGUUUCCUCGAAAUCACAGAAGAUGACACCGACUUGGAUUUCGGAGCCUUCUUCCAAAUGGACUCCCCUGAAGAUGACGUUGAAUCUACAACAUUCGAAGACGCCGAUGAGAAGUUCGACGACCUCAUUGUACUAGAUGAUGAAGCAAUUGAACCAGACCACACUGGAUACCAACCCAUUAGACAACACAGAAGGGGUGUUUCAUGUGACUCUCACAACGGCACUAUGAAGGACGCCGCUGUAUCUACAGAUGACACUACGAACCAUGCUUUCGACGAGGUAUCUGCUGACGAAGUAAAGGAACUGGACAUCGUCCCUCAUGGUUUCUUCCGUAAGAAUGCAUUUGCCAUUACUUGCUUCACGAUAGUGAUCGGCGUAGUUUUGGGUUACGUAUUGUACAAACGCGGUUGGUUCACUUACGCUAAAGAAUGCGUGACCUCCAUUUUCGGAAGUUCACAGGAAAACCAACCAGUCCUACCACAAGUCACAGAGGCAGAACCCCUUGUCAACCAUUAA